UUAUCAGAGUUUCACUCACUGACACACAAAAAAUUUACUGAAUGGAGGGUCGAGAGAGACUCGCACCACAGUCAAUGACCGCCCCAAUGCAGCACCACCCUCCGUUAUUUGUACAAUAUUUGACGCGGCGGCGCCACUACCAACCACCACCGUACGCUCUCAUCAGUCGUAGAAAAAGUCUCUCACCCUCUUACCAGCCUCCCACUUGUCACUCUCAACUCUCAUCACUCUUAUUUCUCUCUCAUCCACAACAAACCAAUACUUCAACUAAAAACUAGGAGUAGUAAGCCUUUUUACACCAUACAACCCAACAACAACUUCUACUACAAGAACAGACUCCACCCCCUUUCUCUCUCUACACUUGUCUAUUUCUUUUUUUUUCUCUCUCUUUCACUUUCUUCCACCUCCCAUGUCCUCCCUUCAAUUCAUUGCAUGGCUUUUUCUGUCUCCAAUUUUAAGCAUUUUUGUAGAAUUUGCAAGAAGGGUUUCGGAUGCGGGAGGGCUCUCGGCGGGCACAUGAGAGCUCAUGGUAUCGGCGAUGAAAGCGGGAACAUCGAAGAGGAAGAUCCGGCCAGUGAUUGGGAAGACAAGCUUGGAGGCCAUGUCCUUCCAAGCACCAAGAAAAUGUACGCCUUGAGGACAAACCCUAAUAGACUUAAGAGCUGCUGCAGAGUUUGUGAAAAUUGCGGUAAAGAGUUUUUGUCAUGGAAAUCUUUUCUCGAGCACGGUAAAUGCAACUCCGACGACGCCGAGUCCCUCGUCUCCUCCCCUGGCUCUGACGGCGAGGAUGGUUCAGGGAGGAAAGGAUAUGGGUGGUCCAAGAGAAAACGAUCCUUGAGAGCCAAGGUUGGGAACUUCAUCUCAAAUUGCCCUUCAAGCGAAGAAGAAGACCUCGCACAUUGCCUAGUGAUGCUGUCCAACGGCACCGUGGAUCCCAUACUAAUGGCGGAGCCGGAAGAGUCGUGUGCUUCAGCUAGUAAGGAGGAGGAGCGGCGGAACCCGAUGGGGCUCGCUGCUCCCAUGUCAUGCCGGCUGCCACUGGAAAAGGCCAAAGGGGUUGUCGGUAAAGGGAUGUUCGAGUGUAAGGCUUGCAAGAAAGUGUUCAAUUCGCAUCAAGCAUUGGGUGGACAUAGGGCUAGUCACAAGAAGGUAAAGGGUUGCUUCGCAGCGAGGUUAGAUCACAUGGACGAAAGUCUAGCCGAUGAAGAUGUGAUCACACACGACGAAUUCUCAGUGCCCUCGAAAUCAACCUCCACUUUUCAAUUCGAACACGCCUCAAACGCAGCUCUUUCCUUCCCCUCAAAGAGAAAGUCCAAAGUCCACGAGUGCUCAAUAUGCCAUAGGGUUUUCUCCUCAGGACAAGCGUUGGGCGGGCACAAGAGAUGCCAUUGGAUCACUUCAACUGCUCCAGACACAUCUUCACUAUCCAAGUUCCACCAUUUUCAUGAUCAUUUGGAGCAAAUUCAGCAAAGACCCAAGUUGCCCAAAACGACGCCGCUUGAUCUCAACCUCCCAGCACCCGUUGACGACAUUGCUGGAAUCCGAAGGGACCCCAGAAACCCACUCAGCUUUGAGGUGUCUACAGACAUCUAUUUACGGACAUUUCCUAACAAUCACAACCACCAAAACGACGCCGGUGGGAACAAUAACGACAAUGAUGUAAACAAUAUUGAUGACAGUAAUGGAUUAAUCCACAGCAAUGUGGAAGACGAAGCAGACAGUAAGGUGAAGUUAGCAAAGCUAAGUGACCUAAAAGACAUCAACAUGAGUGGUGGUUCCUCUCCCUGGUUGCAGGUGGGGAUUGGUUCAGCGACCAAUGUGGGAGCUGACUCAUAAUAUAUUCCUCUCUUUUUUUCCCUUUUUUUUUUCUCAUUUUUGUGCUGGUAAACCGUGAGUAUAUUAAGAAUCUGUAAUUAAAAACUCAACAAAUCUUCCUUUUUUUUGGUCUUUUUUUAUGCCUGAACUCUGAUUCAGGUAAGUAUCUUAUUGAAAAAAGAUUUUCUUCUUUUUCUAAUGUUAAAAUUACUAAGUGCGUUGGAGUAAAAGUAUAUUUGAGACCUA